GCAAAUCGGCCACGCUUGUCACGGACAGAGAGGGUUUAAGGUUUUGGCUUUUCUCCUCCUCCAUCAUCAUCAUCAUCAGCUUCUUCUCGAAGCGAGUCGAAAGCUUAGUUUUUGCUGAUUGCCCAGUGCUCUCUGGCAUCCUCCAUAGCUACAACGCCCCAUUUCUGUUUCCUUUCUUCUCCUUCGCCCGUCGAAUUACGUACCCAAUGCUUCUUACUAGCCUGAGCCCCUGCGCCUCCGCUCAACCGCGGCUCAGCUUCGCGUUCGCCGACGCUCCCGCCUCUGUAUCCCCAUGUCCGACCGUUAAUUUCCCGUUUUGCGCUCGGGGGAACUCGAGGUCGAUGACCCAUGUCGCUAAGGCGAGCAGAGGGUCGAGGCCUGGUGCCCGGAAUUUGCAGACAGAGGAAGAAGGAGGAAUGAUAAUUGAUUUCGAUGAAGCGAAGGGCGAAGAGACGAAUGGGUUCUCGCCGAGCGGUGGUGGGUUUGGAGGGAGAGAAGAAGAAGAUAAGAAGUAUGAUCGAGACCCUGAGUUCGCCGAAAUCCUUGGGAGUUGUCUUGACGAUCCCCAGAAGGCUCAGUCUAAAAUGGAGGAGAGACUGAGGAAGAAAAGGAACAAGAUAUUGCAUACAAAGACUGGUUCAGCAGAACCGAUGAAAGUGAAAUUCAACAAAUUUGAUUUUUCAAAUUCGUACAUUUGGUUUGAAUUCUACAAUGCUCCAUUGCCAAAAGAUAUCUCCUUAAUCUGUGAUACAAUUCGAUCAUGGCACAUUGUCGGACGUCUUGGUGGAUGCAAUUCCAUGAAUAUGCAACUAUCACAAUCUCCCCUGGAUAAAAGACCGAACUAUGAUGCCAUUCAAGGGGCCAAUGUGACACCAACCACAUUUUAUAACAUCGGGGACCUUGAGAUUCAAGAUAACUUGGCCCGUAUAUGGGUCGAUAUUGGCACGAGUGAACCAUUGCUUCUCGAUGCCUUGAUAAAUGCACUGACACAAAUAAGCUUUGAUUAUGUUGGGAUCAAGCAAGUGGUGUUUGGUGGAUCAGAAUUCGAGAGUUGGAAGGAGAAUCUGACUUCAGAGGAGAUGGGUUAUAGUGUGCACAAAAUUUAGUUGACUCAUUCUAUUAUCAGGGAUAUAUCUUUGAUUGGAAGACCAUGAUCUACUUCUCUCCCCCUCUUUCUGAAGAUGGGUUUGCUGCAGCGAGGAAGAGGGUCUCUUUUAGUUUGCAAUCGCAACUGGAAUCAAGGUCAAGAAGUGCGGGUAAAACGCUGGGAUCUCCAACAGCUUGGAUGGACACAAGCCUUGUGGCUCAGGAAUGCGUACAGUCUUGCAUCUUAUUAUUUAGUAGAGUUGCGCGUACUUGAUUGAAAACACAGGCGGGCAGAUAAAUGACAUCAACAUAUAUUCUCUCA